UUUGUCAGUUGCUAAAAAAAAAAAAGAAAAGAAAAAAAAAAAAUCCAACAGCCAACAGCUAAUUGAAGUCUACCUCCCUCUCUUAAACGAAAGACUACUUCAAUGGGUCUUCUCUUCAAUUCGUUGACAACUCCACUAACUAAAACCCUAACGAACUGUAAAACACUGUUCUUUCGUAAUAUCCCAGAAAUCCCAGUUUCUUGUGCCGAUCUCCGCCGUCUGAUUCCUCCUCCAUGGCUUUUAAUCGCCUCGACCCCAAAUCCGCUGCGGAUAAGGCGGUCUCUGUUAUUGGAUUUGGCUACGAUUUGACUUGUGAUAUCAGAUUGUCUGCUUGCAAGCCUGGUCCUUUAGGGUCCAGAUUGAUUGAGCUUGACCCGACUCUUACCCGCGACCUCGUUGUUCCUGGUGGGAUUAUUGUUCCAAACGUUUCCAGUGCAGUCAAGUGCGAUAAGGGAGAGCGUACUAGGUUCCGCUCUGAUGUUCUCUCUUUUAAUCAGAUGACGGAGAAGUUCAAUCAGGAUCUUUCUUUGUCAGGUAAAAUUCCUUCAGGACUAUUUAAUGCGAUGUUUGACUUCAGGGGAUGCUGGCAGAAGGAUGCAUCUUCCGUGAAAAACCUUGCUUAUGACGGUUGGUUCAUAACUUUAUACAACAUUGAGUUGGAAAGAUCCCAUUUAACCUUGUCUGAGCAGUUGAAACAAGAAGUGCCUACUUCAUGGGACGCUGCUGCUCUUGCUGAAUUCAUUGAGAAAUACGGUACUCAUAUUGUUGUUGGGGUAAAGAUGGGAGGUAAAGAUGUCAUACACAUGAAGCAGUUGCACAAGUCAAAUGCUCAGCCUCCUGAAAUGCAGAAAAUUUUAAAGCAAUUAGCUGAUGAGAGAUUUUCUGAGGGAAAUGCCACAGAACUGUCAAGACAAUCAAAGGAGAAAGAUCCAUGGGAUCUCCAACGAGGAUUUGCUACUUCAAUUAGGCCACCUGUCAUUACUCCCAUAAAGAAUGAGGAUAUACUGAGCAUUUCUAUUCGAAGGGGAGGUGUAGAUAUUGGUCAAAGUCACAAUCAAUGGCUCUCAACUAUAUCACAGUCGCCAAAUGUUAUUUCAAUGUCCUUUGUGCCUAUAACUUCUCUCUUGAGUGGUGUCCGAGGCAGUGGAUUUUUAAGUCAUGCAGUGAAUCUUUACCUUCGAUACAAACCACCCAUAGAGGAACUUCAUCAGUUUCUUGAGUUUCAGGUACCUCGGCAAUGGGCUCCAGUAUAUGGUGAUCUGCCUCUUGCUCUUAAGCGCAGAAAACAAGCAACCCCCUGUCUUCGGUUUACCUUUAUGGGCCCUAAGCUCUACGUCAAUACUAUGCAGGUUGAUUCUGGAAAUCGGCCAGUGACAGGAAUCCGCUUAUACUUGGAAGGUAAGAGAAGUGACCAUUUGGCUAUCCAUCUCCAGCAUCUCUCCACUCUUCCCAAUAUUGUCCAACUGUCAGACGAUCAUAGUUAUGAGCCAAUUGAUGAACCUGUGGAACGAGGCUACUUUGAACCUGUAAACUGGAGCAUCUUUUCACAUGUUUGUACUGCUCCGGUGCAGUAUAAUGAUGCCCGCAUUGAUGACUCUGCUUUUAUUGUGACAAGGGCUUGGUUUGAGGUUAAGGUUAUUGGUAUGAAGAAAAUUCUGUUCUUAAGGCUAGGAUUCUCAAUGGUGGCAUCAGCAAGGAUCCGUAGGUCAGAAUGGGAUGGACCUUCAUCUUUGUCACGAAAAUCAGGGGUUUUCUCAAUGUUAAUUAGUACAAGAUUCAGUGCCGGACUGAAUCCAACUGCAAAGCAAGUAAAAGUAGAUGUGAAUUCUGCAGUUUUUCCUGGAGGUCCACCAACAAAUACUCCAAAAAUGUCAAAUUUUGUGGAUACCAAGGAAAUGGUGAGAGGUCCAGAGGACUUGCCUGGAUAUUGGGUGGUAACUGGAGCAAAGCUUUGUGUAGAAGGUGGUAGAAUCUCACUCAAAGCCAAGUAUUCCUUGUUAGCUAUAAUGUCGGAGGAGUCGAUGAUGUUGAUGUGAGAAAGCUCACUCGAGAACAAAUAUAACAAUCUGUAUUCUGUUGUAAAUGAUACGUGUGCAAUUAUUUUCUCAAAUUCCGAUUCUUAAAGAAACGACUUCAAUGGAUGUUGUUUGGUGCAAAGCUACUGGCAAAUAAGAAUCUUCCAUCAUGUGUUUGGUAAUUA